CAUAAUUUUUCUUUAUCUACCAUCUGCAAAGAUAAACGAAACCGCUCCCAUUACAAACAACACUUAUCAUAAAGACAUUUAUUCUUCAUUUACUGUCACCUACCACAUAACCAUGAGCGAUCUUAACUGGUGCACCUAUUGUGAUAAUGCCAUUGACGGCCACUCGGACUCACUCUAUUGUUCUGAUGAAUGUCUACGAGCUGAUGCAUUGAACCAUCAUCCACUACUUGGUUACGACUAUGCAGAAUUGAAAAACUUUCCACGACCCUCCUCACCAACAUCAUCCUCGUCAUCAUCGUGCACAUUAUCAUCUACAACACCUUCCGCAGCGACUACUCCCACAAUGUCGUCACCAUCUUCUUCUUACUCAGAAUACGACACAUCGUCCACAGUAUAUCUUUUAUCUCCACCGCCUUCUCCCGUAUCCAGUUACGGCAGUGACAAGGAUUAUACCGCCAUGAUUUCAAGCUUAUACUCUGUCGAUCGAACAAAUAAGCAGCAAAAACAAAAGCAACAACAUGCUACCACAAACAGCAUAUUUUACAUCUAAAGACACCUCAUCAUUAUCAUACAGCAUCAUCAUCACUUGCCUUCAUUUGUUUAAAGAUAUUUAUCUCUCUUGCAUCUCCCAAAAACCGACGAAAACCUAGUUUCACUUAUCUGAUCCCUUCCUCUGUAUCUACGUCUUUUACCAACACCUCCACCCACUCCUCUUUCUUAUUUUUACGCCAAUUGUGUAUAUUUUCCAUGUCACCCCAUUCCGCAAUACCCCGCUAAAAGAAUAAAAUUAUCAGAUCCUUAAAAUUU